GCCAUCUACGGUUUAAUAUCAGACAUAUCUGACCAUAAAUUGUCAGUUGAAGCGACCCUUUUGUUUAUAGUUGCAUUGUAGAUCGAUAAUAUUCACUUUGCGAUCAACUGUGGAGUUAUGCAUGUCUUAUAUGGUAUCUGUUCUUUGACGUAAAUGCUAACCAAGAUCGUCUAAAUAAACAUCACUUCAUAGGAAAAAGCAAUGGCAUUCAGGAGAGAAAGGAACAUCCGAGAAAUGUAUGAAGAGCGGUUUCACCCUGAAAGAUCUGCGCCGUAUCCAAGGGGAGUUGCGGGUGAAAGGCGACCUGCAUUCGGACGUCCUGACGACGACUACAGCCGAGGUUUCGAAUACGACGGCCCACGCUUUUACCCAAACGGUGGUCCCAGGAGCUACCACGGCGACGAUCAGAGGGCUUACCAUGGUGAUGGCCAUCACUCUUUUUCUAACGAACCCAGAGGGGGUCCACCUGGUCGAAGGGAGGACUACCCUUAUUACAGAGGUCCCAGAGAGGAACCUCACUCUGGCCGACAGAUGGAUUUCAGAGGCAGUAGUCGAGUUGGACCCCCUCACAACGCUCGCGUCCAGGGUUCGUAUCCUGCCCCCAGGUCGCUGUCGGCUCUGGGCCCAGACCCAGGAGAUGAUACGCUGAUGCAGGCCAUCAUGAACCUAGACCGCGGGGAGGAGAGGGAAGGCCUGCGUCGCAAGGCGCCAUUUCCACAGGUACGCGACCGCUCCCCUCCGAGGCGGGACGUGCCCCCUUCCCCACACAGCCGCUCAGGAUCCAGCAUCAGCAGCCGCAGCUACUCGCCUGAGCGGGGCAAGGGCCACCCCUACCAGCCUCCUCAGGGGAAAAGUAUGGAUUUUUCUACUGGUCACCCAUUUUUUCUGACGGAGGGUGCUCAGUGGCGGGAAUUCCCUCACCCUCAGGCCACAGCCUGCGUUAUGGGGUUCGAAGAGUCCUAUGGCCCUAGUCGAAGUGCAGACAGGGACCGAGGCCCAGGGACUUCAGUCAUCGCCUCCCGAGAUGGGUCACCCCACAGCACUGUGUCAGCCUCCAAGGAGGACAUGCCAGCGACAGAACCCCCUCCAGAUGAGCCACUAGCCACUGCAGACGAAGCCCCCGCUGUUAUGGACGACUUCCAGGAGCGCAGAUCACAAGCCAUUGCAGCCAAGGCCAGGGAAAUCGAAAAGGUUUAUCGGCAGGAUUGCGAGACCUUCGGGAUGGUCGUGAAGAUGCUGGUGUCCAAGGAGCCGAGUUUGGAGAAGCACCUGCAGACGCCCCUGAAGGAGAAUCUGAGCGACAUCCGUGAGCGCUGCCUCGAAGAUCUCCGCCACUUCAUCUCCGAGUUGGAUGAGGUGGUACGGCCACCCGAUGCCAGCGCCUGAGGCAGUGGGCGAGGGCUUUUGUGACGGGGCCCGGAGGGCUGAGACUCAUCGCUGUGCUCACCCAGUUACUAUAGAGACAUGAAACACUUUGGAACGUUACUUCCCCUGUUCAGUGGGGAACAAGGGUGAUAAGUUCUGUUUAUGGCUGGUAGUUGGGUGUAAUAUGUUCUCAACAUGAACGUAGAUGGCUCAGAUGGUUGUUUAGACAGUAUGAAAAUUGCAGACAGGUUGUUUAGACAGUAUGAAAAUUGCAGACAUGCUGUUGGGAAUAUCUGCAAUACACUAAUAAUUCUAAACAGUGUCAUAAGGGAUGGUUUAUGAUCGUCUGAUCAUCUUGUAAUGAAACAUUUUAUGGAUCAAGUAUUAAUUUUGGAAACUGGACAUUUUGCUGGUUGUGGUCCAGCUUUACUGAAAAGAACACUUUUCAUAUUGAGCAGACAUGGGGUGCAUAGUGUUGGUUUUGCGCUACUACCACCUCUGUAUGUACUGGACAUGAAUUGAAAAUGCAUUUUCUGUCAUUUUGGGAUUUUCAAAUAAUUUGUUUUAUAUGUCUGAGUACUGGCUUGUAUUUUUUUUGUGUGUGUGGGUUUGUUUGUUUUUUUGUGGAGGGUUUGUUUUUCAAGUUCUCAAUUCUCAAAUAAUUUCCAUGUACAAUUAAAUAAAGCCCACCUACAUUUGU